AUGACAACGGCUGUUAACUUGGAGGGCGAUACGGGGCUGCUCCUGUUUGAGCGCCCGCGGUACUUGGGCCGGGGCGUUGAGGUGUUCAACGCGGAUGAUGUUCCAGUCACUCCGUGUGCCUUUUUUCUUCAACCAGAUGAGUAUCCCAGCAAAAUGAGCAUAGAUGAGACCUUUUCCAUUGAUUUUCAAAACCUGGAGAUUUUGCAGAAGCCGUUGGGCUCAGUUGCAUCGCACGGCGACGUUGGCAGCGCGACGCAGACGCAAUACCCUGACGAAUCUUAUACUAUUUUCAAACACAGAGGUGCAUGCUUCAGCCAAAAGGCCUUACGGCAUCAGUUCCGCCGUGUUCUCCUUAUCGGGCCCCAGGGGCUUCUUUCCACCUACGUGACCGCAAGGCUUUUGAAAAACGGCCAUCACGUGCGACUACUGGAGCGUGAAUAUCGUGGUAAAAGUGCCCUUCACGGUUUGGCAACUCUUAUUGAAACUCGCCCCUCCCGUCUCUCCUUGUUUUAUGAAGACGACCUUUCACUGGCUGUGGCUGACUGCGAUGCCGUAGUUUACGUUGACGGACCCGAUACGUCGGAUGUUUGCGAUGUGAAUGAGGUUGAGCAACGGUUUGUUACAGCCAUACAAGAUGUAUUUCUUUCCAUACGAUGUAACGGCAAAAGUGUCAGACGAGUGGUUUUGAUUAGCUCUGCUUCCGCCAUUUUUCCUGUCGAAACAAGCUUGCUUGCUAAAGCACAACAUCUGAAACGUGGGCACGCGGCCGCGUUACGGGAGGCUGAACGAAUAUCUAACAGAGCAGGUGUUCCACUGACGGUUAUUCUCCCUGCCGUGGUGGUGGGCCCGUCACUUCUGGGGGAGAGUGAUGGCAACGUUCAGAGCUUGGUGCGAUUCGCAGAGCAACGACGCUGCUUUACGUCUCCCUUGAAUUACAAUAUUGUGGACGCCCGUGAUGUGGCGGAGGCGUGCGCGUUGGUACUUGUUGCACCCAAGACAGAAUACCAGAAGUACAUUCUUUCCGGCGGAGAAAUAAGUAUGGCUCAAAUUGCUUGUAUCCUCCACAAAUGCAUUCCUUCUGUAUCUCCACCAAGACGAACUCUACCUACUUGUUUUGCGAGUGCCCUGCAUCACCUUGGAAUUCUUAAUAUGCUCGGUUUUGAAUUUUGUGAGCGGAUCUCAGCGGAGAGGAUUGGCUGGAGCUACGCGCUCAGCAGCCUCAAGGCUCAGCAGGAACUCGCAGUGCAACUGCGGAGUGCCCCGGUGGCUGUUGUAGAUGCUGUGGCAGACGCAAUGCACGUGCCCGCGGCGACGUUGCAACCACCGGAGAUGAAAAGCACGCAACACAACGAAUAUUUGAAGGAAAUUCACCUUGUUAUUCUUUCUUUGUUUUUUGGCACGGUUGGCUUUCUUGCUGGGAGAUACUUUUACACUCGAAGCACACUUGUCUGA